AAACAAAAUAUACAAGCUAUCUCAGCUUGUUUGAUUUCAAAAAAUGUCUGUGUCUACUGCUUUCCUUUUGAAAAUCUUUCUUCUCUUCUAUUUCUCUGUCUUUAAUCUCUCUUUGGCCACUAGGAGGUUGAAUGAGCUGGUUCAAGACAAUACCCAGCUUCUUCAUUACCACAAUGGCCCUCUUCUCUCUGGCAAAAUCUCCAUUAACCUCAUUUGGUAUGGUCACUUUAAGCCUUCCCAGAAGGCAAUAGUCUCCGAUUUCAUCACCUCGCUGGCAUCCUCACCCGCUCAUAGCACCCAACCCUCCGUCGCCACGUGGUGGAAAACCCCUCAAAAAUACUACCACCUCGGCAAAAGCAAGAGAACUUCCCCUCCUCUUUCCAUUUCAUUGGGAAAACAGAUUCUCGUCGAAAACUACUCCCUUGGGAAAUCACUCACAAGCAAGCAACUUGUUCAACUGGCUUCCGAGGGUAAUCACAAAAAUGCCAUCAACGUUGUCCUAACUUCCGCCGACGUGGCAGUGGAAGGGUUCUGUAUGAGCCGAUGUGGGACCCACGGUUCUUCUUCAACGGGCCACGUCAAAGGCAAGAACUACAAGUUCGCUUAUGUUUGGGUCGGCAACUCCGAGACCCAAUGCCCGGGCCUAUGCGCGUGGCCCUUUCAUCAGCCAACUUAUGGGCCUCAAAGCCCACCGUUGAUUGCCCCAAACAACGACGUGGGUGUUGAUGGAAUGGUGAUUAACCUGGCUAGUCUCUUGGCUGGGACUGUCACGAACCCAUUUGGAAAUGGGUUCUUUCAGGGUUCCACUGAAGCGCCACUGGAAGCUGCUUCGGCGUGCCCUGGGGUUUAUGGUAAAGGGGCUUACCCUGGUUAUGCUGGGAACUUGCUUGUGGACUCUUCCACUGGUGCUAGCUACAAUGCGCACGGGGCAAAUGGGAGAAAGUACUUGCUUCCCGCUUUGUAUGAUCCUUCUACGUCAUCGUGUUCCACGCUUGUGUGAGGACUAGUACUAUAUCUGAAAGACGGGUUAAUAUUGAUAGUUUAGCCUGCGUAAGCUUUGUGUAGGGAUCGAUUCAUUCAUUUGUUUAUAUUUUUUUAUUUUGUGGACUAAUAGUGUAGAAGCAAAUUUAUAUUGGUUUGCUUGAUUUUGUUAAAGGUUCGUUCCACUUAAUUUAACCUUUAUUUGAUA